AUGGGUGGGGAAGUUCCCUUUCGCCCCGCUGCCCCAGCUCUACCCCGGCUAGCUGAGCGCCCGGUCGGUCAGCGCAUCCACAGCAUCUACACCGAUCGGCUGAAGCAGUUCACCUCAAGCGGCCAGUACGAAGGCCAGAACCUCAUAUCGAAAUACUGGGAAGCCACAAACUCCGACGAAGACCAUGUCAAGCUCUCUGUUUAUUCGGUCCCAGACCUCCAGCGACCGACCUUUGAGGACGCAACCUCUCAAGAGUUCAAACCCACCCACAUUGGCGCUUCCUUUGGCCCCAGUUGGUCUACACAUUGGUUCCGCAUUCAUCUUACAGUCCCGCAGGAUAUGCUUGAUCGAGAGCAUUUGGAGUUUCACUGGGAUGCCAAUAAUGAGGGUCUGAUCUGGACGCAGGAUGGGCACCCGCUGCAGGGUUUGACCGGUAACGGGGAGCGGACUGAGUUUAUUCUUCCUAAGGAGUGGUGCGAUGGGAAGACUCAUAUGUUCUACAUUGAGAUGGCUUGCAAUGGCAUGUUUGGCAAUGCUCCCGGUGGCGAUUCGAUUCAGCCGCCCAACCCUGACAAGUACUUUACGCUGAGUACGGCUCGUAUCACUGCUGUGAAUCUGGCUGCGAGAGCUCUCUACUAUGAUUUCUGGAUCAUUGGUGAUGCUGCACGGGAAUUCCCUGGUGAAUCCUGGGAAUCACAUGAAGCCAACGUGGUGGCCAAUUCUAUUAUCGAUGCAUUCAUUGCCGGCGAUGGAAGCAACGAGGCUAUUGAAAAGGGACGGAAAAUUGCGCGGGAAUAUCUUGGUGACAAGGUAGAUUCCUCCGAAGUCUAUAACACAGACACUCAGCCGAUUGUCUAUGCUAUCGGUCAUUGCCACAUCGAUACCUGCUGGUUGUGGCCCUGGGCAGAGACCAAGCGUAAGGUUGCACGUUCAUGGUCCAAUCAAUGUGAUCUGAUGGAACGGUAUCCUGAGCACCGGUUUGCAUGCUCUCAGGCGCAACAGUUCAAAUGGCUGAAGGAGUACUACCCUACUGUCUUUGAACGUGUGAAGAAGUGGGUGAAGAAAGGUAAUUUCCAACCAAUUGGUGGCAGCUGGGUUGAGCAUGAUACAAACAUGCCAAGCGGCGAGUCAUUGGUUCGACAAUUUUUGUACGGACAGCGAUUCUUCGAGGCCAACUUUGGCAAGCGAGCCACAACCUUCUGGUUGCCGGAUACCUUUGGCUACUCUACUCAAAUUCCUCAGAUUUGCCGCCUCGCUGGCAUGAGCCGAUUCUUCACCCAGAAGCUCAGCUGGAACAACAUCAAUAAUUUUCCUCAUACUACAUUCCAGUGGGUUGCACUUGACGGCAGCCAGGUGAUGUGCCACAUGGCCCCAGCAGAGACCUACACGGCGGAAGCCCAUUUCGGCGAUGUGAAGCGCAGUGUCACUCAGCACAAAUCGAUGGACACGGAUAAAACGUCUCUGCUUGUCUUCGGAAAAGGUGAUGGUGGUGGCGGUCCAACUUUCGGACACCUCGAGAAGCUGCGUCGCUGCCGUGGUCUCAGCGACAAAGUCGGUUCGCUUCCACGAGUGAAGAUGGGAGAGUCUGUUGAUGAUUUCUUCGCUGGACUUGAGGCCAAGGCUGCCAAUGGCACCGAUUUUGCUACAUGGUACGGAGAGCUUUAUUUCGAGUUGCACCGUGGUACAUACACAACCCAGGCAAAUAACAAGCGCAACAACCGGAAAUCGGAGUUCCUUCUUCGUGAAAUCGAGCUUCUUGCAACUUUGGCCACUGUUCAUGAUUCUGAUAAGGGUUAUAAGUAUCCCAAGAAGGAGAUUGAUGAGAUGUGGGAGGGAACUCUUCUUUGCCAGUUCCAUGAUUGCUUGCCUGGCAGCUCAAUUGAGAUGUGCUAUGAUGAUUCUGAUGAGCUGUAUGCCAAGAUCUUUGAUAUUGGUACAAAGCUGCGGAAGGAUGCUCUUGAGGCUUUGGGUGUUAUUGGGAAGUCGAACGGUCGUGAUCUGGUGGCUCUCAAUACUUUGCCAUGGCAUCGGACGGAAGUUGUCAAGAUUCCUUCAGCGUUGUCGACCUUGACUGUACCUGAGUACGCUGUGGCUUCCGGAUCUACAGGGGUGAUUGACUUCAAUCAGGAUAGCGAAUCGGGCAUGGCGGUUACUGUUAAAGAAGUCCAACCUGGAGUCUUCCGUCUGCAGAACGACAACCUCAAAGUUGAUGUCAAAGAUGGUGUUAUCACCUCCCUUUACGAUAUUGAAGCCGACAGAGAAGUCGUCGCUAAGGGUGGCAAUGCUGGUCAGCUGGUGAUAUUUGACGACAAACCCCUCUACUGGCAAGCUUGGGAUGUCGAGGUAUUCCACCUCGAAUCACGCAGAGAAUUACCCGCCGGAAAGACCGUCAUUACUGAGAACAGCCCGCACCGAGUCAGUGUCACGACCGAGACGCAGAUCAGCGACAAGAGCUGGAUCAAAACAACCAUAAGCCUCUCGCGAUCAUCGACAGAUGAACCAUCCUACGUGGAAAUGGAAAGCGAGGUAGAAUGGCAAGAGACCAUGAAAUUCCUCAAGGUCGAGUUCCCCGUAGAUAUCACCAACACCGAGGCAUCCUACGAGACCCAAUACGGAAUCAUCAAACGCCCAACACAUUACAAUACAAGCUGGGACAUGGCUAAAUUCGAAGUCUGCUGCCACAAAUGGGCCGAUCUCUCAGAAAACGGCUACGGAGUCUCAAUCCUGAACGACUCAAAAUACGGCUUCGCAACCUGCGGCAACCUAAUGCGCCUAUCACUCCUCAGAGCCCCCAAAGCACCAGACGCACACGCCGACAUGGGCCGCCACAACAUCCGCUACGCAAUCCUCCCACACGCUGGACCUCUCGACGAUCGAACAAUCCGCGCAGGUUUCAAUUUCAACAACCCACUCGUUGUAGAGCAAGCCGGGCCCAAGGCCUCUGCCGCUGCCGCGAUUUUCAAGGCUGUUUCGGUCAAGGGCGCGCCGUCUUUGAUUUUGGAUGUUGUUAAGCGUGGUGAGGAUGAUGAAGAUGUUGCUAGGGAUGGUGGUCCUACGCGUCCUGGGAAGAGUGUCAUUCUUCGGAUUUAUGAGUCGCUUGGUGGGAAGGCUAGGGGGUCUAUUGUUACUUCUUUGCCUGUCAAGAAGGCUUGGAAGUGCAAUAUUCUUGAAGAUGACGAGGAGCUUCUUGAGCUCAAGAAGACUGCUGAUCGAGCGGGCAGUGUUGAUAUUGAGUUGAGGGCCUUUGAGGUUGCUACCUUCAGACUGCAGCUUUGA